AUGGGCGACAACAAACGCAAGAGAGGUCGAAAACCGAAAACCCCCUCCCCCGAAACCCUAGACAUCCCUACCACCACCGUCGCUACUAACCCUUCCCCUUCCAUCCUAGACGACGACUUCUCCGUCGGAAACGUCGAACUCAUCGACAACACUGCCUCUUCAAAUCUCGGUCGCCGCCGCGGCCGCCCCAAAAAGCUCCCCACUAUUCCCGACAAGCCACCCACUGGCCGCCGUCCUGCUCGCACUGUAGACAGCAACGGUGCUGUCCCGGUUGAUGUUGGAGGCGCUACUGCCAUGGAUGCAGACCCUAUAUGGGAGAGCAUCUCGGCUAGGGUGUUGCCGUCUAUGGAUUCGGUGGUGAAAGUGUUCUGUGUACACACAGAGCCGAACUUUUCGUUACCAUGGCAGAGGAAGAGACAGUAUAGCUCCAGUAGCAGUGGGUUUGUGAUAAGUGGGAAGAGGGUUCUCACUAAUGCGCAUUCCGUCGAGCAUUACACUCAGGUCAAGCUCAAGAAACGUGGCUCUGACACUAAGUACUUGGCUACUGUUCUUGCCAUUGGAACUGAGUGUGAUAUUGCCAUGCUUACCGUUGAUGAUGAUGAGUUCUGGCAAGGUAUGUCACCUGUGGAGUUUGGGGAUUUGCCUACCCUUCAAGAUGCAGUAACUGUUGUGGGCUACCCAAUUGGAGGAGACACUAUCUCUGUGACCAGUGGUGUUGUAUCACGUAUUGAGAUUUUAUCGUAUGUCCAUGGUUCCACAGAACUUCUAGGUUUACAGAUAGAUGCUGCUAUAAAUUCUGGAAAUUCUGGCGGACCUGCAUUUAAUGGUAAAGGAAACUGUGUAGGGAUAGCAUUUCAGUCUCUCAAACAUGAAGAUGUGGAGAAUAUAGGCUAUGUUAUUCCAACGCCAGUUAUCACGCAUUUCAUCCAGGAUUAUGAGAAGAAUAAAGGAUAUACUGGGUUCCCUAUUCUUGGGGUUGAGUGGCAGAAAAUGGAAAAUCCUGAUCUACGAAUGGCAAUGGGAAUGAAAUCUAAUCAGAAAGGUGUGCGCAUUAGAAGAAUCGAUCCUACUUCUCCUGAAUCCAAAGUUUUGAAACCAUCAGAUGUUAUCCUUAGCUUUGAUGGGGUUGAUAUUGCCAAUGAUGGAACAGUUCCAUUUCGCCAUGGAGAGCGCAUUGGUUUUAGUUAUCUCAUAUCACAGAAAUAUACCGGUGAUGAUGCAGCAAUCAAAGUAUUGCGGAAUUCAACUGUUCUCAAAUUCAAUAUUAAACUUGAUGGUCACAGAAGGCUUAUUCCAGCACACAGCAAGGGCAAGCCUCCCUCAUAUUAUAUUAUUGCAGGAUUUGUUUUUUCAACGGUUUCUGUUCCUUAUCUUCGAUCUGAGUACGGAAAAGAUUACGAGUAUGAAGCUCCAGUCAAGAUUUUGGAUAAACUGCUAUAUGCAAUGCCACAAUCACCAGAUGAACAACUUGUUGUGAUUUCUCAGGUGCUGGUGGCUGAUAUCAACAUUGGAUAUGAAGAAAUAGUUAAUACCCAGGUCGUUGCUUUUAAUGGUAAACCUGUGAAAAAUCUCAAGAGCUUGGCUGCUAUGGUUGAGAGCUGUGAUGACGAGUAUCUAAAAUUUGAUUUAGAUUAUGAACAGAUAGUAGUCCUUCGCACGGAAACUGCAAAAGCUGCCACACUAGAUAUUCUUGCAACACAUUGCAUUCCAUCAGCAAUGUCUGAUGAUCUCAAGUCAUAG